AGCUUGUUGCUUUUUGCGAUGCCUGCAGCGCAAACUUGCGGAUGCAAACCAACCAGAAACCAACCCUUGCGAACCUUUUGCUGCUGACACUGAUCAUAUGAUAAAACAUGACAUGUAUGGAAACGACUUUUGCAUCACGGCGGGCCACUGUCGACUAUCGCAUGUGGCAGCACCCUUCGGCCGCCCGUCGCCGCGGAGUCGCAUUCAGUUCACCAGGUCAAGCCGGUAAUGGGGCCAGAACACCACGUGCAGAGUGGACUCUCGGAGGACAUCCCCGGUACAAGGUGGCAGCACGUAUGGUUGAGAAGCGCAUUGCCGUGCCGGUAUCCUGGGGGGGGGGGUGGACGUGUACGGGAUGCCCGCCCUCCGCAACACGAGGUUGCUCACGGCUCCGCACCACCGGUGUGAGUAACCAUGAGUUCAGGAAACGUUACCGUACCUCUGUCUGACCCGUGGGCGACUGGUGAGACAGCUUCAAGCAAACCUCCGAAUCAGCCAGCUGUGCGAAGCAAGCUAGGUGCACCCUGUUGCACGCCUCCACGCUCCGCUUCGUCUUCCACAAUGCGUGCCGCGGCCGCAGCUGUGCUGGCAGUGUCCCUGCCGCUGCUGGUCCACGCAUGAUGGCGGGAAGCCCUCUGCCUACCCGUCGGCCAUCUCGAUCGCAGGCGUGGACGCGCUGAGCCGGGCAGACAUGCAGCAGUGCGGCCAGUCGCACGUCACCUACGGGAGGUGGCUGGGUGUGCCGAGCUCCUGCCCCUUGGCCUGGUGAACGCUUCUCUCAGGGUCAGCCCUGCCAGCUGUGUCAGUGGGGUGGGCGCAACUCCGCAAGCGCCUGGCCGGCUGUACACCGUACGGUGCUGCCGCGCCGCCUCAAACUCAUUUGCCAUACUCCGUCUCCAUUUCCCUCCG